CAACUUGUCACAUGUCAUUUCUUAACCCAGCCUGCCUCUCCCCGGACCCCCAGGGCCUCCCAGGGUGGGCUGGAGUCCUGCUUCCAGGGGAGACCCCGGCCCUGUGCCGAGCCUGAGGGUGCUAAGGAGUUGGGCUGAGGCCAGGGAACUGAGGGGGCAGGUGGGCUGUGGGGAAAGAGAGGGCUUUGGUGCCCAGCUGGGGGCUGGGGACACUUACUGGGGAAGAUCUCUCCAUGCUAGAGGCUCCAGGGGCGGGGGCGGGGGCGGGGGUAGAGGUGUGGGCAGGGGAUGGAGUAUCAGAGAGAGGGGCUCCUGGAUCCCUGGGACCAAGCCCUGCCAAAGACACUGCCCCUGCGCCAGGUUCCCAAGACAAGGAGAGACCUGUGUGUCCCCUGUUGCCAGCCCUGCGGGGCUCUGGGCUCCGCUCACCUGGCUCCCUCCCGGCCCGGCAUCUGUCGUGGUGUAGACCAGGCCUGGGCCUUGAGAACCCAGCUCCUGACCCAGCAGCCCUGGACAGGAAGAAGAGGGGAUGGGGGCGGGGGGGCAGCCCUCUGAAGAGGCUGAGGGUGCAGGAGUGACUCGGCUCCGGGCACCCAGCCAGGGUCCUGGGCCGGCCCUGCCUCUGUGCAGGUGGACUGGUCAGGUCUCUAGCAGCUUUGGCUGCAGCGGAGCUGCUCAGGAGAGAGGUGCAAGGCUCUGCAGGACGCAGAGGGCGGGGCCCGGGCCACUCCUGUUGGCCUGCGAAGGUGUGGGGGAACGCGAGGGUGUGGGGUACUUCCCGGAGUGUCGCCCCUGUCCAGGUAUUUGGCCCGACCAGCUCUUCCGGCUCCCCUGGCCAGGCUGGGUGAGGGUCACAGUGGGAAUUUGGGGCAAAGGCCCGGUCAGGCCAGCCCUGGGAGCAAGAGGCUCCGAGAGAGAUGCUAACUCCACCCCCCAUGGCACAACAGGCACCAGGCCCCAGGUGCCCACAGGUCACCAUUUUAGAGCUUUGCAUUCUCUGUACCAGGCCCCAGAGCCCCCCCCCCCCUCCUCCAGUGGCGACAUUCGCCUGCAAGGGCACCCGGGAGGGCUCCACCCCAGGGCUGCCCAAAGCUCCGAGGGGCGACCCCAUCCCCAGGAUGUCCCGCUCGGUGGGAAUGCAGAGGGGACAGCCCAGCCCCUGGCUCCAGGCCUAGCCUGGACCCAGCUGUUUCUUUAAGGCUGAAUCGGUGCGACUUCAGCUCAGGGCAGAGCCCAGACUUCUGGACUUGCUGGGGCCUCUCCAGGGCUGUGGGUGCCUGCCCAGAGGGGCGGGUGGGGACCCUUCCGCCCCUCCCCUUGCAGGUCCACAGUUAGCUGGGGACCUUGCUCACCCUUUCCCAGGGCCCAGGGGACAGAGCCAGACGCCGGACACUCAGGUUUUGAGCCGGUAACUCACCUCCAGCACACGCCCCCAGCAGGCACCACACCUGGGACAUUUCGGUGUGGCUCCCUAGCCCCCACAGAGCACGCACGCGCCACCACACCUGUCCCUGGUCCCGCCUGCCUGGAGCCUGCUUCUAGGUCAGGCCCGGGCACGACUUCCUGGGAGGACCAGGGGCAGGUGCUACAGGCUGGGCCUGGCUGAGCAGCUCGGUGUGAGCGGCAGCCAUGGCUGGGGGUGUGUGGGGCUGGGGCCGGGCCCGGGCGGGGCCCCUGGGGGCCCUAACCCUGACAGCUCUGGCUGAAGGGAUCCGGGCCAGCCGGGGGCAGCCCCUGGGACCCCCUGCCACGGGCCCUGAGCCAGAACCUGAGCUGGAACCUGUGGCGGAGCCUAGGAGGGCGGCCUGCAUCCCCAGAGCCGGCAGCGAGCCCUUCCCCCAGCCCCCUGCCCAGGAGCCGGCUCCUGAGGGACCCCAUCAGACCACCCGGUGUUCCCAGGAGGAGGGGGCCCUCGAGGACCUGGCCUUGUACACAGCUGCCUGCCUGGAAGAGGCUGGAUUUGCGGGGACCCAGGCAACAGCGCUCACCCUGUCGACAGCCCUGGAGGCCCGGGGGGAGCGGCUGGAGGACCAGGUGCAUGGCCUUGUGCGCGGGCUGCUGGCACAGGUACCCAGCCUGGCAGAGGGGAGGCCCCGCCGGGCGGCCCUACGGGUGCUGAGCGCCCUCGCCCUGGAGCACUCUCGGGACGUGGUGUGUGCGUUGCUGCCGAGCUCACUGCCCCCCAACCGGGUGGCGGCUGAGCUUUGGCGCAGCCUGAGCCGGAACCAGCGUGUGAAUGGGCAGGUGCUGGUGCAGCUGCUCUGGGCGCUCAAGGGCUUGGCCGGAUCCCAGUCGGAGGCACUGGCGGCCACUCGUGCCCUUGGGGAGAUGCUGGCCGUGUCCGGUUGUGUGGGUGCCACACGGGGCUUCUACCCACACCUCCUCCUUGCGCUGGUCACACAGCUACAUGAGCUUGCCCAGAGCACAUGCCCCCCUGACACCCCCAAGGCUUGGGCCCCAUCCCACCCAGGGCCACCACAUAGCCACGCCAGCUGCACCGUGGAGGCCUUGAAGGCCCUUCUCACUGGGGAUGGCAGCCGCAUGGUGGUCACGUGCAUGGAGCAGGCUGGAGGCUGGAGGAGACUGGUGGGCGCCCACACCCACCUGGAGGGUGUCCUGCUGCUGGCCAGUGCCAUGGUGGCGCAUGCCGACCACCACCUGCGAGGCCUGUUCGCGGACUUGCUGCCCCGGCUGCGCAGCGCCCACGACACACAGCGCCUCACGGCUAUGGCCUUCUUCACCGGGCUGUUGCAGAGCCGGCCCACCGCACGGCUCCUGCCAGAGGAGAUCAUCUUGGAGCGGCUCUGCGCCUGGCAGGGCGACCCCGAGCCCACCGUGCGCUGGCUGGGCCUGCUGGGCCUCGGCCACCUGGCGCUGAACCGCGGGAAGGUGCGUCACGUGAGCACGCUGCUGCCCGCGCUCCUGGGUGCGCUGGCCGAGUCUGACGCUCGGCUCGUGGGCGCCGCGCUGGGAGCCCUGCGGAGGGUCCUGCUGCGGCCGCGGGCGCCCGUGCGGCUCCUGAGUGCCGAGCUGGGGCCACGCCUCCCACCGCUGCUGGACGACGCCCGGGAAUCAGUCCGCGCGUCGGCGGUCGGGCUCCUCGGGUCGCUGGUGCGGCGGGGCCGGGGUGGGCUCCGAGUGGGGCUCCGCGGCCCCCUGAGGAAGCUGGUGCUGCAGAGCCUCGUGCCGUUGUUGCUGCGCCUGUCCGAUCCCAGCCGGGACACUGCUGAGAGCUCAGAGUGGACCCUGGCGCGCUGUGACCAGGCUCUGCGCUGGGGCCUGCUGGAGGAGGUGGUCACCGUGGCCCACUAUGAUAGCCCUGAGGCCCUGAGCCGCAUCUGCCAGCGCCUGGUUCAGUGGUACCCGAGUCACGUGCCUAGCUUCCUGAGCCAGACUCAGGGCUACCUGCGGAGCCCACAGAAACCCCUGCGCCGGGCAGCCGCCGUGCUCAUAGGCUUCCUGGUCCAUCACUCAAGCCCCAGAUGUGUCAACCAGGACCUACUGGAUUCCCUGUUCCAGGACUUGGGGCAGCUGCAGAGCGACCCUGAGCCCGCUGUGGGGGCAGCGGCACACGUGUCCACCCAGCAGGUGGCGCUGCUGGCUCAGGCGCAGCACCACCUCUGCCGGCGGUGCCGCCUGGGCCUCCUGCGCCUCCCUCGCCUCCGUCGGUGCCACGCCCACCCUGCCCGGCCCCGACCCGUGUACGGAGACAGCCCGUUCCAGCCCCGGAGCCUCGCUGGUCGCUGGGACUGCUCAGGACUCGGCUGAGCCGCACUGCCCUCACCCGGGUGGGAGCCAGGGUUCUGAGUCGGGCACCCUGCCACUCUGUGGCCCUUCUUGGCAGGACCAGAGCUCCAGAAGAGGCUCCCCUUGAGGGGUACCCAGGGCUUGGUGCUGGACCUCAAUGCCUGCCACCCCGCCCCCCACUCCCGGAGCACGCAAGGCCUGUUGCAGGGAAAGAGCCCUCUCCAGGAGCCCACCCCCCGGACAGCCCUGCUACCCCAAGGGAGCCUGUGCCUUCCAUCCAUGCACCAUUUCCCCCUCAGUCUCUAGCCUCUUACGGCCAGGCCAUCUCUCCUCCCUCGGGCCUGUGGCUCUCCGAGGCCCCUGCCAGGGUCUGGUGGGGGACACUGUGAAACUGGCACACCCUACGCUGCCGCUGUGGGCUGCCCUCUGCCUGGAGCCUGGCCAGGUCCCUCCCGGUGGCCCCAGCAGCCCGUCACCCCCCGCCGUGCGCUCUGCUCAAGAAGCACUGAUCCGGCCUCCCAUCCAGACCUGCUGCCCUGCCCUUGCUCACUGUGUCGGACCCCACCGAGGCCUCCUCUGAGCUCCCCACUGGACACCACAGGCCUGAGAUGAUGCCUGCGGGUUCGGGGAGGGGGGGGCACUGGCACCCUGGCCCCGGCUCAGGGUUGAAUGAAGGCUUGAUUGGACGUCCGGGGAUGAAGCCCCUGGGGAGGGCUCUGAAGCUGCAACCCAGCCCCUCCAGACUCUGGCUGGGCAGCUGCCUCCACCUGGAGGCUCACCUUGCCAUGUCCCCUUGCCCGUUCCUGGCCCCCAGAGCCGGCUCCUCAGCAAAGAAGGCCUCAAGUCACGCGGCCUCUUGGAGGCUGGGGUCCUGGCAUCCCUGAGGGAAGCAUUUAAAAUAAACACGCAGGUCGCA